AUGGCCCUGCCUCUCCCAGGGCCCUCGUUGCAUUCGGGACUCUUCCGGCAGAGAACCAUUGCAGAGGUUCAGCAAUGUGUGCAGCAACUACGCCAGGGCCUAGACCGGCCCAGAGUCUUGGAGGUUCUGGACCGUUUGGCAGACUUUGUGAUCGACAGCGUAGUCCUUCAGCAGACUGGGAUUGUCCAGGAGCUGAAGAAACUUUCGUCCAUGCAGAAGGACGCCGACGCCAAGGCAGUUGCCGUCCCACCCAAGGAUGCCAAGCCAGUUGCCAAGAAGCCACGCCUCGAUUGCAUCGACGGCUGCCGAUUUGCGCUCGUCUUCCCCAUUGUCGUGGCGCACUUUGCCAGGUUCAGCACCAGCAAUUUGACGGCUCUGAAGCUUCUGACCCAGGAGAAUGUCUUGGUUGGUGGCUUCUUCGUGAUCUCAGGAUAUGUCUCCGCCUACACGACGACAAAACUUGGAGCUUUAGAAGUUGAAGAGAAGAAAGUGGCGAAUCCAGAGCUUUUCUUCUGGCAGAGAGUCAUGGCAUAUUACCCAUUGCAUUUCCUGUCGUCCGCCAUUUUUGCGCCGAUGUUCAUUUGGGUGGAGAGGAACUUCAAGGCUUCUUGGAAUAUGAUCGCGUUCCGAGCCUUUUUGAAUUUCAGCAUGCUGCAGGCUUGGUUCCCAAAGGAGGCUGAGAUUUGGAAUCAGCCCACCUGGUUCCUGUCAGCGUUGACAUUCUCCAAUUUGACCAUGCCCACUUUGGUGUUGCCAAACGUGGCCAAUUUGUCCAAGAAGGGCUUACAGAAACUUCUUGCAGCUUUGUGGGGAGUCUCCUUGUUGCAGAAGGUCAGCUACUCGGAGACUGCUCGCUUCCACAGCAGCAAGGAGCAUCCAGUGGAUGGCAAGGUCAUGAUGCCAUUGAUUUGGAAUCUGACACGUUUCCACCCAAUUUGGGCACUCUUUGAGAUGACCACCGGCAUUAUUGCAGCUCGUCAUGUCAUGCUGGACACAGAAGAGGAGAAGAAGACGCAGCCCAUGAAUCCAAUUUGGCUUUUCUUGGCAGCAUAUUCUUCGCUGGGACUACGACUUACGAAGUUUGACUUCAAUGAUGCCAUCAUCCGUGGCGUGCUCUUUGUGCCACUCUUCACUGAGUUCCUGACAGCUAUGCAUCGAGAUGCAUUGACAUCCAGUCCGUCGGCAAUCACCAAGUUCUUCGGCUGCAAGAUCAUGGCCACCCUGGGAUCCCUUGCCUUCCCGAUGUUCAUCGUGCACGGUCCCGUUGGCCAGGUCUUCUACAAGAAAGCAAUUGCAAAGAAGCUGUGGGGGAAACCGAUGCCACACAGUUUCUUCCCUUUCUACCUUGCAAUCUGCUUGGUCAUCAGCCAUUUUACCAACGAGUACUUUGUGAAGAACAAGAAGGUUGGUGCCAUUUCAGGCAAAAUUUUGAUGCGCAGAGGAACAACCGGCGCCUCACAAAGUCCAGGAGCCGCGUUUGUGCUCGCGCUUUGGCCAAGCUGCCAAGCUCAGCUCGAGCAGCCUGAGCAGCUCGAGAGUUGGGGAGAUACUGAAAUUUCCUCAGUGGUCAAGGACUUGAGGUCGCAGUGGAAGGAAGACUUCUUGCUGCGAGAUCAGGUGGUUAAAGGCUUCUGCGAAAGAGGAGGGCUCGACAGGAAGCAAGGCCGUGACAUGGAAGAGGGCCUCUUCAACUCCUGCUGUCCACUGGGCUUCAUGGAUGGUGAGGAGAAGAAGAAUUAUACCAGGCACUACAAGAGGCUUUGCACACUGCUUGGAGCUGCUGGUCCUGGGAGCCUUGCCAAGCGACUCAAAUCGCGGGAGCUGGUGCCGAGCCAGGUGGCUGCCAUGCCUGACGAAGACUUGCGCAGUGAAGCGCAGCGCAAGCAGCAAAGUGCCGCCCGAAACGAAGGACUGCAGGCUGCGCUGCUGGCACCAGCCCCACCAGCAGCUGUAACAGAGGACUACAUGUGCCCAAAGUGUGGUUCACACAAUUGCUGCCGCAGAGAGAUCCAAACUGGAUGGCACAAUGAUCACCAAGAUGCGACCCUCUUUGUUGCUUGCCUCGAUUGCUUCUUGGCUUGCACUGGUCACUCCAUUGGUGUUGAAAGUCCCUACAUGUCAGUAGUCUCACCAUUGAGAUUUCUUUGA